CACGAUACUUAUUUUUUUUUUUUCCCCCUCAGCGGCGCUUUCCCGGUUUACCCCCCACUUAAGAGUGUUCCUGACGGCUCCUUCUCGGGCCCAGGAAUUGCCCAGUGGCUAGAACCACACUCUGUCCAGAACUAUGGAGGUGUCGCUGACACAGUCUUCAAGAACUCAAGGUCUUCUCUACGCCAGGAGGAGGAACUAGGAGAGAACUUCUUGAAACUAGGAGAGGACUUCUUGGAGGUUCACCAUUCUGAUAAGGAAACUGGGAAUAGGGAGAGAAAACCCUAAACCUUUUACUACCUUCCUCUGAUUCCUUUAUGAACACCUUGGCCUUCACCUCCCUUCCAGCCUCCCUGGGCAGAUUGAGCACCGGGCUAUGGGGGCUGUGGAAGAAGCCUGCCUUCUUAUUCCCCAGGACCGGAGCUUCCGGGCCCCAGGUGGCAGGCAAGACAGAAUCCCAUGCCCUCCUUCCUCUGAAUGAAACGGAUCUGGAAGAACAGUUUGUGAAAGGGCACGGUCCUGGUGGCCAGGCAACCAACAAAACGAAUAAUUGUGUGGUGCUGAAGCACAUCCCAACCGGCAUCGUGGUCAAGUGCCAUCAGACAAGAUCGGUUGAUCAAAAUCGAAAACUGGCAAGAGAGAUUCUGCAAGGGAAAGUGGAUCUCUUCUACAGAGGAGAAGACAGUCACAUUUAUAAAGCCAAAAAGGAGGCAGAGAAAAGGAAGAGAGAAAAGAAAAAAAAAGCAAAGGAAACCCUGGAGAAAAAGAGACUGCUAAAGGAGUUGAUGUUAAAGGAAUCGAAGCCCACAACGCCCAUGCUGGAGGAGUGAUGCCCCUGGGGGGAGCAGGGCCAGCUGGGUCACUGGCACAUAGCUUGGCCAGGAGCCCUGAUGGCAGCCACCCCCCCUACAGCACACUUGCAGCAGCAGCAGCAGCUUCAAAGAAGCGUCUGUGGACUGACUCCCAAGCCCCCUGAGCUGGGGGACGGGGCCCCAUGUGGGUGGCAGUUAGGGUGAUCUCAUCAUGUACUGGAAGGUUAUCUCUGGGAUGUAGAGGAGUCACCAGUUACACCAGGUUAAAUAUGGAGAAAAGAUAGGUUUUGAAAGCUAAUGUGUCACUUGCCAGUUUACUUACUCUUAGCUAAUGAAGGAAAGGCAGGAUGGAAAACCUUAACUUGCCAAGUAACUUUUCCGAUUCCCCAAGAUGUGUGGACACAGCUGUGUGUAGCUGCCCACUCCAUCCAUAUCAAUUGGGUUCUCACCCUGUAAGCCCAAAUGCACCCAGUCACAUUUCUCACGGCACUGAGAGAUGUUCACCUUACGUGUUUUAGGCAAGAGUGGUUAACGGCUUGGUUUGUUGUCGCACCCUUGGAAUUAAUGCACAAAGGGCGAGGAAGAGAGAAUGUUUUUGUCCAGAGAAUGACAUGAAUGAGACAACGAUGACACCAGGGCUUGUUUUAAUCUGUUACUUUAACCAGUAGACCAAGCAGUCUCCUCUGCUGAGUUGGAUGCUCCCUUUAGGUCUAUGAUCAAAAUUAAUUCAAUUCAAAAAUAUAUUCGAGUCGGGGUUUCACUGAACAA